UGUUGUGACACAACUUGCUGCGUUGCAAGUUCAAACUGAGCCCAUUGUAAAUCUAGAUAUAGAUCAUUACCAACUGCUUCAUCAACGGCUUAUUGAACAUGAGGAGUCAGUAUAUGGCACAGCCAUGCAUGUCCAGGUUGAUGUUGAAGAAGUGAUGUACGUUGCAAAAGAAUUGUGGCAUGGGCGAAGUGCAAGGGAGCAGUCAACAACAGAUGUGGGGCGUGGAAUGUGGCGAUCUGUUAAUGAGUUAAUGCUUGUAAGGUAUGAUGUGGCUACUGUUUACGGGGGAGCAUUUAACAUUUAUGAUUUUCCUUCUGUAGGUGUGUAGAACUCAAAAAUGACAGUAUUUGUUUCCACUUGUUAAUGUUCUUCUCGCAACCCUUUUUAUGCAUGGAGAACUUUUUGUUUGGCUAAUCAUAUAUCUAUUCUUUAAGCAAAGGAAAAGAAUUAGCACCAUUGAGUAGCGUUGAUUCUGUGGGAAUGGAAGACCUGACCAGAGUAUUCAAGCUUCUCUUUCUCACUGGAUUCGUUUUUCACUGCACUCUGUUCAUUAUUUCUUUUCAGAUGGGACCAGGCAAAGCCAGCAUCUGUAACAAAUUUAAUUCUUUUAAAAUUUAAAGAGGCAGAUGAACAUGAGUUGAGGACACUUGAUGAUAUCAGGGAAAAGGAACCGGAAUUUUUUACCAGGGUAACGUCAGUAUUGAAGCGAGCUGAACUAGAGUUUGCCUCCUAAGUUCCAUACUUCUCCAUGCAAAAUUUAAGAUAGAACAUUGUGAUUGAGGACCAUGAUGUCACUAAUCCAGGCACACGACCUUGGUUUUUGGUGAAAGGAACCAGAAGAAAGGGACAGGAGCACUUUCUGUGGACUAAUUUUUAUGAUAGAGAUUUGCUGGUCCAUUGGGUAAUGUUAAAUUUAGCAUUUGCACUUCCAAAAAACAGCCAGCAAUGUGGUUGUAGCAUUUUUAUUUUUGCUACCAUUUUGAGGGCUUGUAUAUUUUGUUUAUACCAUGCUGAGCAAUUUUGAAGAAUAGGAUAUGUGGACACAAUGUAGAAGAGAUAACUGAAUUGAAUCGUUUAGGAGGCUGAGUUUCUUGUUCUUGUAGUUCUAAAUUCAUGAAGAUAAAGAAAAGCACAUGUGAAUGUGCUGGCCCGAUGAAUAGACUGAGGAUUCUUUCCAUUUCGAGUUGCAUUCCUAUUCCUUUGGAUAACCUUGUGAAUAUUCUUCUUAAGGAAGUCCUUGAUGAGGGGAUGAACCAUUUGGUCCUCGUUACAUAUCGCCUCUCCAUUUCUACCAUUUUCUUGGCUCCUGUUGCUUACUUUUGUGAGAGGAAUAGCAGACCUAAGCUCACAUUUCAUGUCUUAUGUUAUCUCUUCUGCGGUGCCAUUGUUGGGACGUCCCUUACGCAGUUCUUGUUUCUUCUUGGAAUCCAAUACACAUCUGCUACAUUUGCUUGCGCCUUUCUCAACAUGGUGCCUGUCACCACAUUUGUAAUGGCUUUACCAUUCAGGAUAGAGAGAGCAAGCCUAAGAUGCAGUAGUGGGAGAGCCAAGAUAGGUGGUUCACUGAUAUGUGUUGGGGGUGCCCUGCUGUUGAUCUUCCAUAGAGGAAUGCCUUUGUUUAAGCAUUCAGGGACAGAUGAAACGAGACCUGGCAUGGAGCUCAAUUUGGGCAGGAGGACAACAGAGAGGUGGACCCUUGGUUCCAUGGCCUUGACUGCAGGAGUUCUAUUGUGGUCUUCAUGGUUUUUCAUUCAACUAAAUGUGGGCAGAAGAUAUCCUUGCCAAUACUCCAGCACUGCAAUCAUGACUUUCUUUGGAACAAUUCAGUCAGCUCUCUUAAGUUUGUUCUCAGGCAGGAACCUUUCUAUGUGGGUUCUCAAGGGAAAGAUGGAAAUCAUCACUAUCCUUUAUGCUGGAAUGGUAGGAUCAGGCCUGUGCUUUGUGGGAAUGGCAUGGUGUGUGAAGGAAAAGGGUCCUGUGUUCACUGCAGCAUUCAGCCCCUUUGUGCAGAUACUAUCAGCAAUGUUUGAUAUCCUAAUUCUGCAUGAACAACUCCAUCUUGGGAGCUUGUUGGGUUCAAUCAUUGUGAUCAUUGGUCUUUAUAUUCUUCUCUGGGGUAAGAACAAAGAGUUGCAGAACCGGUUUGGCAAAAUGGGUCAUCCGAUCACCGGCGAGGCCGGACGUGGCAGAAGGAAGUCAAUAUUCAGAGGUCACCCCCGCUUUGUAGGAGUGAGGCAGAGGCCGUCGGGUAGAUUGGGGCAGAGAUCAAGGAUUCCUUACAGAAGGUCAGGCUCUGGCUCGGAACGUUUGACACGGCUGAGGAUGCUGCCCGUGUCUCCGAUCACAGGUCCUUUGCGAGGAGCCAAUGCCUGCACCAACUUUGACCAACCGGCAUCGUCUUCAAAAUUUCAAAUCGUAUGCUGCAGGUAGGGAGAGAAGCCUUAGAAAUGUCACAAUUAUUUUGCAAAACAUUAAAAUCUUGUAAUCGUGAUAUUUAUUUGCUUGUUUGAUCUCUUAUUAACUAACAUCAUUAAUGAAUCAUGCAUUUUCGA